UAUUUUCUGCCACUCAGCCAGUGAAGCACAGCUCGUGUUUUUCGAAGGUUUUUUUCGCUCGUGGUCAAUGUGCGUUGCGUUUCCGCCUGAAAAAUAGUCGGAAAUCUCUCGAAAUGGUUGAAAUUGGUUGCGCGAGUGUUCGCAGUGUGUGAUUCUAGUGAAAUUAGUUGCAGUGGCAUCGAGGAGAGCCCCCCUCAGUAGCAGCUCACCGUGCACGGAGUGCAUUGCAGUGGUAGUGGUGACCGUACCCCGUACACACCUCGUCUGAGUGGUGUUGGUAAAGUGCGUUUAGUGCGUGUUGGUGUGCGCCAUCAUCGUCAUCAUCAUUAUUGCUGCCAUCGACGACGAAACGCGUAAACUCACUGACGGACGACGGACGGACGGACUCUGCGUACGUACAGUGUGCAGGACGGAGUGCGGUGAAAAAGAAGACGUCCGACGGUGAAGCAGAUCGAGAGCGAGACGAUUUUCAGAGCCAAUCGCAAGUUUGAAAUUGAAAUUGCCUUCGCGCAUCGACCGACGACGAAAAUUAUUGCCAUUGGAGCCGUGAGAGAGAGUGAGAGCGACGAAGGGGCGAAGCGCAAGGCACGCACGGGCAGCGAAAAAAUCAGAAGCAGCUGGAGUGGAGGAAGUUAAAUUUCUCCGCAGCCAAGGGAACGGAACAAGGAAGGCACUUCCUCUGUGGCAACAGUGAACGGAGCUCCGGCUCAGAGCUGAGCAAGGAUCCAAGGCCAGGGGAGCAGAACAACACUCCAAAAGCCAGAAAAGAAGAGAUCGUCGCAGACUGGAAGUAACCUUGCUGCGGUGAGGCAGUAGCAACAACGGUGUAAAUCAAACAACACAUUGACCACAGCUAUGGAGCUCCGCGUAGGCAACAAGUACCGGCUGGGACGCAAAAUCGGUUCCGGUUCGUUUGGUGACAUCUACCUGGGCACGAACAUUUCCACCGGCGAGGAAGUAGCAAUCAAACUGGAAUGCAUCAAAACCAAACAUCCACAGUUGCACAUCGAAAGUAAGUUCUAUCGGAUGCUGCAGGGCGCGGUGGGUAUUCCGACCAUCAAAUGGUGCGGCUCCGAGGGCGAUUAUAACGUGAUGGUAAUGGAACUGCUGGGUCCCUCACUGGAGGAUUUGUUCAACUUUUGCUCAAGGCGAUUCACGCUGAAGACUGUGCUGCUACUGGCAGAUCAGAUGAUUUCCCGAAUCGAUUUCAUACACUCGAGAAGCUUCAUUCACCGGGACAUCAAACCGGACAACUUUCUGAUGGGGCUGGGGAAAAAGGGGAACUUAGUGUACAUAAUUGAUUUCGGUCUGGCGAAAAAGUAUAAGGAUUCCAAAACAAUGGCCCACAUUCCCUAUCGGGAAAACAAGAAUCUGACUGGAACAGCCCGGUAUGCAUCGAUCAACACACAUCUGGGAAUCGAGCAGAGUCGUCGAGACGACCUGGAAUCGCUGGGCUAUGUGCUAAUGUACUUCAACCUGGGUACGUUACCGUGGCAAGGACUGAAAGCCGCUAACAAACGACAAAAGUACGAACGGAUCUCGGAAAAGAAAUUGUCCACCCCGAUCGAAGAGCUGUGCAAGGGUUUCCCGGUGGAAUUUGCCUCCUACUUGUCCUACUGCCGACAGUUGGAUUUCACCCAGCGUCCGGACUAUUGCUACCUACGGAAAGUGUUCCGAACGCUGUUCUCUCGACAAGGUUACACCUACGACUACGUGUUUGAUUGGAACAUGCUGAAAUUCGGGGGAUCCUCCCGGCACAACAAUGCCAAUGAGCGAAACAAAACCGGCGCCGCCGUCGUCCAACCGAACGAUCCAGCGGCCGCCCUCGGUUCCAGUAUGGUGGCAACUGCCGGUGGUGGCGUAGUAACAACCGUUACCGGAACUACUGCCUCCCUAGCAAAGAAUAAUGACUCCUGCAAGCAGCUCACCAAUCGGAUGGUCCAGAUGAUGGCCCAGCGGCCGCCCGGUGGUGCCGACCCGCAGCAAGUUCCGGUUCCCGGAUCACAACAGCAGCAGCAACCAUCGUCCCACAACAACAACGCCGGAAGUACGAAUCCGGAUGCCGUCGCCACAUUCUCCCGGCAUGACACACCCGAACGCCGUUCGUCCAUCCGUUUGCGUGGCCAGAAUCUAGACUCACGAAAUAUUGAAUAAUAUUAAAUUCACUAUUUAAGUUUUUAUUUACAUAUAUAAUUUUAAUUAUAUACCUAAAUUUUUGUCAUAUGAAAGUCAGCGGUACCAGCGACCAGGCUGGUGCUGACGACGCGCUGAUCUAGAGGUACCGGCCGUGUCCAGGUCGCCGCGCCAGUGAAGGGAGAAAUUUGCGAACGCGGGUCAUUUUGCUUUACCUUAUUUUUUAUUCUCAGUGCAAACAAAAGGCCCUUUCGCGAAGCGCAGAUUUACAAAAACAUAGACUAGCUAGUGCAAAGAUUAACACUUACAACAGCCCAUUGUAGAGGGAACUUUUGAUGGAUAGGCGAUACAAACACACACUCAGAACAUUUAGCGUCAUUCAAGAAACUGGCCAUUUUCCGGGAGGUAGGGACGGUAACGCGUGUAAGUAAGGGAAACUAAAGAGCGAAAGAAAUACAGAGAGAGAAAGAGUAACGAAUGAUGUAGAGAUCAUACUAGAUAUAAUGCAAUUAUUAAUUAAAAUCAUUAAUUAAUAACGAUCAUAAUUGUAGUGAUGUUCAAACUGAAAAAGUUGAAAAUACAUAAGGAAAAUGAAAUUGAAACUGACAGAUAUAAGCACCACUCACUUAUAUAUACACAUACACGUACAGAAACGAAAAGAUCACACGGGAUGUGGUCGUACAUACACAUACAUACACACUUACAGAAAAGAGACUAGAAUAACGAAUGAGUGAUAAUAAAACUCGUACGUCUGAUACAUAAAACAAACAAAAACCCUAGAAUUUUGCGUGACAAAUUUGAAAGAAACGAAAUAUAGAAGUUUAGGAUACGAACCAAACAAAAAUUGCAUAUGGCCGUAUGUAGGACAACAAUCUCUAACCAACGUACUAGGCACACAUUCAAAUGCACUCAUCAGUCCUCAAUCGGAUGUAGGGACUCAACAUGGGAGUGGGAAUGGAAACAGCAGGUCGUGUGGCAACACUAGCUGUAGUUCGUUCAACGGGGAGCAAAUGGUUAAUCGCUGGAGAGUCCUGGAAAUAACAUUCAAAGUCGUGGGAAGAUUGGUUUCCUCUUUUGUACUAGUCCAUUUCGUUGUACCUUGAGGGAAUCUUGCUGUAGGUGCUGUGUUCCUUUCGGUGGAAUAGCGUAUAGCAAAUGAUAUGUACCUAAGCAGAUUUGUCUAAUUUCAAUUUGAGGAGUUGAACUAUUUGAAGAGUUUACCAUUUAUCUGUUCAACUAAGAGAACUUAUACUAUUUUCGGCAGCUUUGUUCUCUUCGUCAUGGGGUGUUUUUUAGAGUCGGUUAUUCGUUUAAAAGCUCCAGCGAUAAUUCCUCAUUCAAACCUGGUUCUUAUUUCACUUUUUAUGUCGUGAUGCAUACUACAUACACUAAUGCAUGUGAUUUUUGAAAGCUGAGUGAAAAUAGGAAUAAAAAAUUCGCGAAUGAAUCACUUCAUGGAAACUUAAGCUUAUUCUAAAAACUGGACUCUGACCCGCCCUUUCUGUAUUGUUUUUUUCUUUGGCUUGACCUAUUCGAUUGUUUGUACCUCGAACUCCUGCGGCAUUGAUUUGGAUGCUGAAAAAGUAAUGAUUUGAACUGUUGUCCAUUGCUGGUGAUUGACAAGUAAGUAGUACCAUUGGUGUAAAUUCCGUGAAAUGUGGAUAUCAUCGCCACACUUACUAACAUUUGUAUUUACUAAUGCAUACCUACUUCAGUGAAAACUCGUCAUUUGUUGUUUCUAACUCUAAACAUAACUAGCAUCGAAAUCACAAAUUUGGCAACGCUAAUAGAACAACUUCCACAUAUACAAAGUUCAUUUUAAACUGAAGCAGUUUAAAUCAAACAUAAAAAUUUGUUCACGAUGUUUGAUUCAGUUUUUAUUUUUGUUUUUGAAAGAAACCUAUGAUUCGUUUGAAUUCACCUAAGUUAUGUUUAUUUUUACAAUACGUCCAUUUGACUGUAUGAAGUAGGAUUCUGAUACUGAUUGUAGGGACAAUCCAAUCAAAUUUUUACGAAAGUACAGCUUCCGCUCGAUAACUGGGCUUUGGCGACAGUUCAGUUAGCAAGCGCCACUCGAAAAUUGAACUGAGCUCCCGGAGCCGGAGGCUACUGUUAUAUUUUAUUUUGUUUGCUGAUUUGCAAAAUGUGAGGUUAUAUUUCGAUUAUUUGCGACAGACAACUGCUUUUUUACUGGACUUUGGUCCAGUUAUCGAGCGCCUAGUUAAAAAGCAGUCAGUUAUCGAGCUGAUGCUGUUUUGGUUAUUAUUGAGGAUUCACUACAGCGGCAAUUCAUCUUUCGAAUAUUUAUAUGGUUAAAACAUUUCAUUUAACUCUAUUCUUACAGAGGCAGAAAAUUGUUCUAGUUUCACGUUUUUCUGUGUCCACGUUUAGAACAAAAGUAAAAAAAAAAAUGCAUUUAUCGUUCAAAAAUUGAAAAAAAAGAAGAUAAAGUGCAUAAAAAUUCUAGAUCCAUGACCUUAUUCUGUAUGUUAGAUCAAAUGUGUAUAGAACGUCGAACGGGGAAGUAACAGAAAGUAAUGAGGAACCGCAACUAUUAGCAGAAAACACUAGUAAGGAUCCAGUAAAUAAAUAGUGUUAAUAAACAAUGAUCAGUGACAAAUAGUAAUGGCUUAUAGUGGCUAAGUAAUGGAUGUUCGUGAGUCUGUUUGAUGCAAGUGACGAGUGCGAGAUGAUAUUUUGCUUAUUUUUCUAUAGUUACAAUUAUUCUUUUCGACGCGUGAAGUGAUAUUUGAGAGAUUGUUCUUCAUUUUUUUGUCUCUUUUGUGUAAUUAUAUUAACUACAAGAACAUUAAUAAAAACAAACUUCACAACACGAAAUAUUGAAGCAGCGAAUGAAGGAGAAACACACGUGUUCUAACAAGCAAGAGCAGGCCGUAGAACGACAGAUUAAACUACUAAAUAGUAAUGAAACCUAUGAUUUAGUACUAUAUAUUAAACUAAGAGUAAACAAAAAAUACCAAUCGUGAUAGUAGAGAUGUAAAGAAACAAAAAUUAGAUAUGCAGAAACAUUUCUCGAGCGGAGCAUCGGGCCAGAACGAACCCUUACCAAGGACUGGUGAACGAUGAAGGGACAGAUUUAUUUGUUUCGGCUAAAAGCUAAUAGGAGACAGCUGCUUGCAACAACACGGUAAACUCCCUCAAAUGCGACUGUAUAAUGCUGUUAAGGAAAGAAACCAUCGCUCUGCUGUGGUUCAAGAAAAAAAAAUAGAAUUUUGUCCGUAAAUUUUGUAUGUUUUUGAUCGGUACAUUCAUGCUGUCAUUUGAACUAGUAAUACAGAAACAAAAAAUCAUACAAUUUCAUCAACUUUUUGAACCUAUAGGAAAACGAGGGUCAGGUAAAAGAAAGGAGAAAACAUAAAUGCUUCUGCGUCUAACUUAUAAGCGAUGUUUAUCGAUAAAGAAAAAUCAAUACCUAUAAAUAUAGUGCAGUAUAAGGAAGAACAGCAGAGGACAUAAAAGGAAAAAAUAACUGUAGAACAAAACAAACAAAAAAGCAAACGUUCCAUGAUGAUUUUACUACAGCAUGGUUACAUAUUGUGAAACAGACUACCGCUAGCAAACAAAAAAUAAAACUAAAAAAAAUCUAAAACACAGCAGUUUUAGACGAUGAACAUAUUGAAACAGGAAAGAAAAUAACUGAACCAUUUAUUGCCGUAUGCAUAUAGAAAAGAAAAAAAACGCAAAAAAUGAAAACAAAAUAACAAAAUCUUUGUUUUUUGUUUUAUUUUUCAUUUACCUAAAUAAAUAAUAAAUGAAAAUAAUUUUAAAUUGA